GUAAUGGGAGCACUUUUUCAGUAAUAUGAAUUUGCAUGUAAUAACCAAAAUACAAAGGAUUGCAUCACACAUUAUUAAUAUAUUAAUGCUUUAUAAUUUGACAAAAUAAAGUUUCUUUAUGAUCACAAGUUCAAUGUCAAUCCAAUUUGACGAAAAAACGAGUUCUUAUUCAAACCUCUUGAACGGUGUUACCAUGGUAAUAUUGACAAAAAGGAGAUAAUUACAUUGAAAUUCAAAGGAAAAAUGGAAUACUUUUCUAUGCUUCGAGGGCAGACUUCGCAAGGUCCUGCUUCAUCAACUCAGGAAUAUAUCAACCAACCGGCCAAUUAGCUAUAUAAUUCGUUAUUAAAGCCACAUCAUGCACUACAGUUUCACAAUCAUCGACAGAGAGAGCUUGGUGUUGCAACAAGCAUCAAAAUUAUCAAGAAAGUCGGAGCUCAACAGAAAAAAAGGAGAAGAAAGAUUAUGGCAAGGAUAAAAGUUCUUUAUGGAGUUAUUUUGAUGCAGAUAAUGAUUGCAUGUACUUGCCAUGGUCUGGUCUCUAUUAGACUUACACGUGUACACAAAUACAUCCCCAUUUUCACAAGAAAACCAUCAAUGAAAGAACCGCCCACGACAUUACCGCCCGGAAAGCCACUCGUAAUUAGCCCUGUCAAAAACUCAAGUUACUGCAAUGAAUCAGAAAUUAUAGCUGCCAUUUCGGAAGAUGGUCGCAAUAAACGUUCGAUGGAACAAUGGCCGUAUCGAUGCACAUAUCCAAGUUUUGUCAACCAACAGGGCAGCUAUGUAUUUUUGUAUGAUAUUUUCAAGUGUUGUCAGCGAUGUGAAUUUCCAGCGUACGACAAUUGCAUCAAAAACAACCAACGUGCACCAUCAUGGCGAUGCCCCAGUGAAGGAAUUCAUUGCAUUUUCAAAUGCGUCACAACGCAUGGACCACAGAAAGUUGAUUUAAGGGCUCGCAUUGGCCGCAUUGGUCGCAUUGGCCGCAUACAAUUCCCCAGGUUGAAAUGUGAAAGACUCGAAAAACGACCAAAUGGAGAGACUUGUAUACGUAGAUUAUGCAUCAAGAUGAUAGUCUAAAAUAGCAGUAAGGUAUAUAUAGAGCAUGCGCAAACAGGAAUUCUCUAGAAGGAAAAUAAAAGUCACGUGUCAACUUAA